AUGGCGCGUCGCCGCACGAGCAUGGGUCGGCAGAAGAUCGAGAUCCGCCGCAUCGAGAGCGAAGAGGCGCGUCAGGUGUGCUUCUCCAAGCGCCGCGCCGGGUUGUUCAAGAAGGCGAGCGAGCUGGCGAUCUUGUGCGGCGCCGAGGUGGCCGCCGUCGUCUUCUCCCCCGCCGGUAAGGCCUUCUCCUUCGGCCACCCCUCCGUCGAGGCCAUCCUCGAGCGCUUCGCUCCGACCGGGGUGGCAGCCGGAGGAGGAGUCGCUGGCGCUGGAGAAGACAACAAGCAGCUGGUGGAGCUGAACCGCCAGUACGGGGAGCUGCGGGCGCAGCUGGACGCAGAGAAGGCGCGGAAGGAGCGAGUGGAGGAGGCCAUGGCGAAGCAGCGCGCGGAAGCGAGUCCCGUGGCGGCGUGGCUGGAGGCCGACGUCCGCGACAUGGGAGAGGAGGAGCUCAUGGCGUUCGCAGCGGCGCUGGCGGAGGUGCAGGCUGCCGUCGCCGCGCGCGCGAACCAGGUGCUCCAGGACGCCCUCAAUCACGGCCAAGCCAUGGCGGCCAGGGCCCGCUCCAACAUGGUGCCCGUGGCGGCGCCGCAGCAGCAUUUCCUUGCCAUGGGCGCCGGCACCGAUAACGGUGGGUUCGAGUUCGGCCGCAGCACCAACGGCAGCGCCAACAACGACGGCGCAGGGAUGGAGAUGCAGAUGCAGAUACAGCAGAUGAUGAUGGCAAUGCCGCCGCCGUCGCCGGGGUUCGCCGGUGCCGGAAUGGAGAUGAUGAUGCAGCAGGGGUUCGGCUUCCUCGGACCCUACUGA